ACAGAAAAAUAUAAUUUCCUCUUUGAAGAUCAACGAGCUCAUCCAUGGCGAUAUAUCACUUGCAGCCUUUGCUUCUUCUCCUUGCAUCAAUCUUCUUAAGUGUAGAUUUCGAAUACUGCAACAAAAGUGGAUACGAUUACGGUAACAUCACUCGUGUUGAGAUCCCUCAGGACCCUGUUAGCCUUGACGACGAGCCAACCAUUAAGAUAUUCGGUGCUGCAUAUAGUAAAAGCAUACCAUGUGAUUCCGAAGUAAAUCUAGAGGUGUCCACCAUAGUUUCGAAUGUUAGUCACUUCGCAACAGACUACAACUUCUGUGACUCAGCGGAUGAAUGCCCUAUUCAACCUGACACCAACUUUGUGUUAACUCUUCCCAAUCUUCCUUUGAUUCAAGUUGAGGGUGAUCGCAAUGGAGAAUCUCAUGACAAGGCAACGACAAUAAUGUGUAUCGAGUUCAUGUUACAUAUUUUACCUUCCACAUCGAUCUCUGCU